AUGGCCUUGGCAGUUCGCCAGCCUGGCACUGAUCGCUCUCAGAGUGUCCAGCAAGGAUUUACCAGGGAGGGGCUUUCCUAUGAGCUAAGCUCGAAGACCGAUGAACAAAAGGCACUUGCGAUCACUGAACUGGCUGCCAAGGGGGAAUCCUUUGUGACCACUCACCUGGACCACCUGAUUGCAGAACUACGACGGAGCUACAGUCCAGAUGUGAAGGAAGCAGUGUGCAAGAGCGUCAUGGCAGCCGGUGCAUCGGCAGCUCCUUUCUACCACGACUUGGCCAACUUGAUUGAGGACAAUGACCCACAGGUGAAGUAUUGGGGGUGCCUGGCCAUUGGAUCCAUCGGGAAUGCGGCCUCAGGAUCAAAGAGCAGGAUUCGCAGUCUACUUCAGGAUCCUUCUGAAGCAGUCAGAUUCGGCGCAUGUUCAGCCCUGGGCGGGAUAGAGGCUGAAGACUGCGCAAAAGACCUGAAAGAAAAACUGAGCGACGCUUCCCCAGAAGUUCAAGGCGCUGCUUGUCUAGCGCUGGCGAAAGUUGGCGCAGUGGGUGCGCCCUUUGCACCAAUUGUAGCGCGAAAGCUUGCGGAGCCGCGAUCACGAGCAAACGCUCUGAAAGCACUUGGCCUCAUGGGGAUAGAAGGCGGAAAGCAUUGUAAAGAGGUAGUGGAGUGCUUGUGCGAUGAUGACUCCGAAACGCGGGCUAUAGCAGCCUCUGUUGUUGGCAAGAUGUCUGAUUAUGUCAGAGAUACUCCCAAUGCUCUCAAUCGAAUCCUCGAAAUUGCCAGAGAUGAGGAUGGAAGAAAGCGCAUCGCAGCUACAUUGGCCCUCGGCUAUAUGGGCCGGGAGGCAUCAGUGCACAAAGAGCUGAUCCAGGAUGGCCUCUUCGACGACUUUGAAGAAGAUGCUGACAAUGCUUUGACGCAAGGUGGCUGCAGCACUCGGAUGCCUCCUUCUUGCAGAAAAGCUAAGUGUGCGGCAAGUGCUGCACUUGGCCGCAUCGCAGCAGAAGAUCAGGGUUUUGGAUGGGAGACAGCAGCUGCGCAAGUUGCAAGGCUUCUUGACGACGAUGACUGGGAAGUGAAGACUUGCGCGCUAGAUUGCCUUUCCGCACUAGGUCCGAGAGCUCGUGAUCAUGUUGACAAGGUCAGUGGUCAACUUGCAGAUGAGAUUUUUAUCGUGCGUGCAAAGGCUGCUUCUGCAUUGGCAAAGAUCGGUGAUGUGGAGAGUGUUAGUCUGAACAAGAUGGCAGAUCUGCUUGAGGACAGCUGUCCAGCAGUGAAAUCUGCUGCUGCUCUCGGUUUGGCUGAGCUUGGUGAUGAUGGUGCGGAGUAUAGCCAUAAGGUGUUCAAUUUGCUCACGGACAUCAGCGCUGAUGUUCGAGCAGCAGCAGUCACGGCAUUGUCCAGAAUGCGGGACAGAGGCCCGUAUUUUGCCUCAGUUAUCGCUCAGCGACUUCGAGAGCAAGAAGAGCCAAGAGUGAGGAUUGCAGCUAUAGAAGCCCUCUCGGCUUUGGAGGCAGAUCCAACAUGA